AAGAAGAAGAAGAAGCUACCACGACGACGACGACGAAGACGACGAAGACGACGUCGACGACGACGACGACGAGGCCGGCAACGGGACGACACAUUGAUGACGGGACACUGAUCAACGCUCGGCGAAAACGAUGCGGGGCAGUCCUGCCUUCUUCGCCAUACUCCUGGGCACGAUAUUCGGUGUCCUCGGCGCGUCGCUGAGCAAGGCGCUCAGGUACAAAGCGCCGGACGAGUGCAAGUGGGUAACGACCGGCGACGCCGAGGACGACGUCUCGCUCGUGUGCCGCCUUCGGACGAUCAACAGCGAGCUGGAGAACACCAACUUCAGCGUGAUACAGCCGCAGCACACGGUGCGCCUGCGGCUGGAAUGCAGCGACGGCCUCUUCUACCAGAGCUCGUUGAGCGCCGGCAGCUUCCGGCCGCUGGUCGAGCUACGGGAGCUCGUGAUCGAAUACUGCAAGAUCGGCAAUCUGUCGGACGACGCGUUCAAGGGGCUGCGGGAGCUGCGUAACCUCACGGUGAGGACGCACAACACCGACUGGUCCGCGAUGGCGCUCGACCUGUCGGCGGGCGCCUUCACCGACGAGCUUCGCCAGCUGGAGAAGCUCGAUCUUGGCGAGAACAACAUGUGGAGCAUACCGGAGGGCGCGCUCUGUCCGUUGGUGAACCUCGAGGUGCUGAACCUCACGAGGAACCGGCUGCGCGACGUCAUCGGUUUCCGCUUCAACGCCGCGGCGAGAUGCCUCGCGAGCCUCAGGGAGCUGGACUUGAGCAACAACAGCAUCGAGUCGCUGCCGAGCGCGGCCUUCUCCGGCCUGACGCGGCUGCACAGCCUCGACCUGCGCUGCAACGCCAUCGGCUUCAUGGCGGACCGCGCGUUCGAGGGCCUCUCCUCGCUGGCCGUCUUGAGACUCGCCGACAACCGACUGGCCAGCCUGCCGCCCGAGCUGUUCGCCGACGCGAGGGACAUCCAGGAGAUACACCUGAGGAACAACACGCUGAGCGUGCUGCCGCCCGGCUUGUUCGGCGAGCUCACGCAGCUGCUGGUGCUGGACCUGUCGCGCAACGAGCUGACCGCGGAGUGGGUGAACGCCGCGACGUUCGCCGGCCUGGUGCGGCUGGUGGUGUUGGACCUGUCGAGCAACCGUAUCGCGCGGCUCGACCCCACGGUCUUCCGCGACCUCUACAGCCUGCAGAUACUGCGGCUGCAGGAGAAUCUGCUCGAGAGCCUGCCGGAGAACACGUUCUCGGCGUUGUUCAACCUGCACACGUUGCUGCUGAGCGACAACCAGCUGACCACGGUGGACGCGACGACGCUGAGCGGUCUCUACGUGCUCAGCCUGCUCUCGCUGGACAACAACCGCCUGCACACGAUACACCCGAGCGCCCUGAGGAACGCCUCGUCCCUGCAGGACUUUCAUCUCAACGGUAACCGCCUGACCUCGGUGCCGGACGCCUUGAAGGCCACUCCGUUGCUGCGCACCCUCGACCUCGGCGAGAACCUCAUCCCCGGGAUACCGAACGGCACCUUCGACCACGUGUCGCAGCUGUACGGCCUGCGACUGACCGAGAAUCACAUCGGCAAUCUCAGCAAGGGUGUGUUCGACCGCGUAAAGGAGCUGAAGAUCCUCAACCUGUCGCGCAACCGCAUACAGUACAUCGAGACCGGCACCUUCGACGAGAACCUCAACCUCCAGGCGAUCCGGCUGGACGGCAAUCAGCUGACCGACAUCGCCGGCCUCUUCACCCACCUGCCGAAUCUCGUCUGGCUGAACGUAAGCGACAAUCGGCUCAGGUGGUUCGACUACGCCAUGAUACCGACCGGGCUGCAGUGGCUGGACAUCCACUCGAACGAGAUCCGCGAGCUCGGCAAUUACUACGAGAUCGAGGCGCAGCUGCAGCUCAACACCUUCGACGCCAGCGAGAACCGGCUGACCGAGAUCACCGGCAACUCCGUGCCGAUGAGCGUCGAGCUGCUGUUCCUCAACGACAACCUCAUCUCCAAGGUGCAGAGCUACUCGUUCUUCAAGAAACCGAACCUGACGCGGGUCGACCUGAAGGGCAACCAGAUCCGCAACCUCGAGCCGUACGCGCUGCGCAUCAGCGCGGUGCCGGCGGACCGGCCGUUACCGGAGUUCUACAUCGGCGACAACCAGUACCUCUGCGACUGCACGAUGGAGUGGCUGCAACGGGUGAACCGGCAGAACCAGACGCGCGUGCAGCCGCGGGUGAUGGACCUCGAGAGCAUCUACUGCAAGCUCCUCUACGACCGGGAGCACGCGUUCGUGCCGUUGGUCGAGGCGUCGCACUCGCAGUUCCUCUGCAAGUACGACACCCACUGCUUCGCGCUCUGCCACUGCUGCGACUUCGACGCCUGCGACUGCGAGAUGACCUGCCCGCACAACUGCACCUGCUACCACGACCAGUCGUGGUCGGCGAACGUGGUCGACUGCUCGAACGCCGGCCACGCGAGCAAGCUGCCGGAGCAGAUCCCGAUGGACGCUACGCGGCUCUACCUCGACGGCAACGACCUGCGCGUGGUGUCGAGCCACGCGUUCAUCGGCCGCAAGAAGCUCAAGGUGCUCUACCUCAACUCCUCCAACAUCGAGAUCGUGCAGAACCGCUCGUUCAACGGCCUCCGCGAGCUCGAGGACCUGCAGCUGCAGGACAACCGGAUACGCGAGCUGCGCGGCCACGAGUUCGAGGGCCUCGACGCGCUGCGGCAGCUGCACCUGCAGCGCAACCGCAUCGCCGCGAUCGCCAACGAGACGUUCGCGCCGUUGCGCUCGCUGCGCGUGCUGCGCCUGCAGAACAAUCGGCUGACCAGCCCGGCGAUCUGGACGCUACCGGCCGCCAUCGAGGUCAGCCUAGCCGGCAACCCGUGGUCCUGCGAGUGCGACUACCUGCGGACUUACCGCGAGUGGAUGCGCGACGCGAGUGUCAGCGUCGCCGACGCGCCCGCCCUGCGUUGCGUGUACAACGUCAGCGAGUUCGAGGCGUUCGGCGACGAGGUGUUCGCCGACGACGAGUUCGGCUUCGCGAUCGCGGCUGCGAACGGCCGUCACGUGCCGGCGCCGGCCAACGCCAACGACAGCGCCGCCGUCUGCACCGGCGGCGCGGCCGGCAGCCUCGACGGCGACGCGCGUCGCAACUACACCAAGACCAUCAUCGAGAAGCAGGUGCUGCAGGACUACCUGCCGCUCCUGGUGGCGACCUUGGCCAGCUCGCUGCUGCUCAUGCUGCUCUGCAUGCUCGCCUUUGUGUUCCGUCACGAACUGCGCGUGUGGUUCCACUCGCGCUUCGGCGUGCGGAUAUUCUACCGGAAUCACGAGGUCGACCGCGACGACCGCGACAAGCUGUUCGACGCCUUCGUCAGCUACAGCUCCAAGGACGAGGCGUUCGUCGCGGAGGAGCUGGCGCCGGUGCUCGAGAUGGGCAACCCGUCGUACAAGCUGUGCCUGCACUACCGGGACUUCCCGGUCGGCAGCUUCAUCGCGGACACGAUCGUGCAGGCGGUCGAGUCGUCGCGACGCACCAUCAUGGUGCUGUCCGAGAACUUUAUCAAGUCCGAGUGGUGCCGCUUCGACUUCAAGUCGGCGCACCACCAGGUGCUGAGGGACAGGAGACGCCGGCUGAUACUCGUGCUGGUCGGCGACGUGCACCAGCGCGACCUCGACCCGGACAUACGGCUCUACCUUAAGACCAACACCUAUCUGCAGUGGGGCGACAAGCUCUUCUGGGAGAAGCUCCGCUUCGCGCUGCCGGACGUGCCCAACAACCAGCGGCCGACGCAGAGGACGAGGCAACAACCGCCGCCGGUCCGACGGCAACACAACAACCGAACGUCCAACGGCUCGCGCACCGUCUCCGUCCACAUUUGAUCCGCGAGUGACGAUCGUGUGACGAUCAGCGGAACGUGACGCGAUGUGCAACAUGUCGAGUUUGUGUCGAGUGAAAUACACACACACACACACACACACACACACGCACGCACGCACGCACGCACAUUCGCGGAGAGGAAUCAUCGACGAGGAUUUCAGUGCUCGUAGUAGUUCGGCCGGUGCAAUACGGCGGUGCAGUGUACAUAAACGACGGAUUGGUAUCUGUAUAAAUGAACCGCGCGACUGAGAGCGAGAGAGAAAGAGAGAGAGAGAGAGAGAGAGAGAGAGAGAGAGGUAGUAGGAGAAAGAGACGAGGAAAGCGGAUGUACAUAGAAAAGUGAUAAGAAUAUGGAAGUGAUAAGAGUAUGGAAGUGAUAAGAGUAUGGAAGUAUUUAAGAAGCUCCCUUGCUCGCUCGUUCAUGUGUGUGUGUGUGUGUGUGUGUGUAUUUGAGUUCUACGUGCGUAAAACGCGCACGACUCUAGGAGAACGUGUAAAUUAUACAGUCGCAUCGGAGCGAGCCGACGAGGAUGGCACGAGGGGGUGGAUAGUUGAAACUCGUUGUAAAUAGAACGUCGUACACGCUCGGCCGCUCGAAUCAUGAGAGCGACGCAAGCCGCCAUUCGGCUCGCGUGGAACGCGCGAUCACGUCGGGUGUGAUGUUAGUGCCGCACGCGUGUCAACGUGGCUGUGUGUGUGUGCGUGUGUGUGCGUGUGUGUAUGUGUGUGUAGUGGAUCAUGGAGAGGAGAGCAGAUGGGUGAGACAGAGGGAGAGGAAGAGUGAGAGAGAGAGAGAGAGAGAGAGAGAGAGAGAGAGAGAGAGAGAGAGGGAGAGAGAGAAAGGGGUGCAGCCGAUCGGUCGCGGCACCCUCGGCGCGAUCAUCCCCAAUCGACCCCGACGAAGCAGCGCGCGCGCUGGUGUACUUAAAAUUCAUCACUCUCGGUCGCUCCGUGCGCGUUCGUUACGGAGAUCGCUCGUUAUUUGCCGACGACGAGGGCAGCGCGCACUCGGAGUGACUGUAAAUAGUUUCGCCGAUCGUUAAAAGCGAGUCGCGCGCGGUAAUUUUUCUUUCACCGGCUCAGCCGUCUCUCUCUCUCUCUCCCUCUCUCUCUCUCUCUCCCUCUCUCUCUCUCUCUCUCUCUCUCUCUCUCUCUCUCCAUCUCCAUCUAGCUUUCCCUCCCUCGCGGCGAAAUAUCCACACGGCGGGAUAUGCGCGACCGGAGAGUGCCGUCCGACGUCCAUUCGCGAGUCACAUCCGCGCGCCGUUCGUGCCUCGACUCGGCUGUUUAGACAGCUCGAGACUCGAGCCACCGAGCGCCAAACAGUGAUACCACUUCCUAAUUAUAUCAUUAUUAUGUAUAUUUAAUUGUAUCUACACCCCUGUCCUCCCCCGCCGCGACUGACGACGAGCCUCGUCAUCCGUGGGGAGCGCACACGAGCUUACGAAUCCCAGCGAGCGCGAGGCCAAGGAUGUCGGAGACUUCCUCGGCUUCUGUCCUCAAUUCCCCCCCUCCCCCAAUUCCGCCCCUAUAUAAGACGGUGAUAAACGACAAAUUCCGGGCGUGAAUACGAGAUUGUGUAAAGUAUUACCUUAGGUCUUAUUUAUUUCGUUGCGAUUCGAUCGAGAGAGGAAAAAAGCGAGAGAGAGGGAGGAAGGGAGAAAGAGAGAGAGAGAGGAAGGGAGAGUGAGUGAGAGAGUGAGAGAGAG